AUGCAUGAAGAAAAUGAUAUCAUUGAUAUUAUAGUCAUUAACAAAGAUUUAAAAAAGCAUUUGAGGAAGUACCCUAGAAAAAGCGAAGCGGAGAUUAGCCCGAGUGAUGAACCUAAUAUCAGUCUUUUAGAUGUCGUUGAGAAAAAAGAUGAUAAUAAUAAUUUAUAUAUUACUCAAAAUACUGAAUUCUAUUUGACCCAAUUAAGGUCUGAAAAAGGAUUCAGGAUUAAUAAAGAUGGAUCUAUAACAAGAGCAUCUGACAAGCAUUCAAAAUUAACCUUGCAUUAUGAAGAAGUAUAUGAAUGUAAACACGAAACAACCGCAGAUUGUAAACGAUCUCUUAUAUUUGAUGUAAAUUUUUCAGUUGCAAUUCCAGAAUGGAUUUCUACUUCUAAUAGAUUAUCGCGUGAAAAUUCUAACCAGACACAUAAAAAUAUUAUUGUAGAAAAAAAUUUUAUUGAAGAUGUCGGAAAUGUGGUGAAUGAUGAAAUCCCUGAUGAUGAUAAAAUAAAUAAGCUUUGCGAAAUAUCAGGAAAAUAUGGUCACUUUUAUGCACGACGUCUUAUUUUAGGCGGGACCAUAAUAAGGAAUGAAAAACAUACUAAAAAUUCAGUCAAAAUUGCAAACAUUCUAAAGCCCGAAGUCGGUGUUAUUCAUGGCAAUACGGAUAUGUAUAACAAUUAUAAUAACAGUACAAAGAAUUUUGAAACAAUUAUUGGUGGAAAUGAAACUGAAUAUUCUCAAGAUGAUAAAAAUCCUUGGAAACAAUCUCUUAAUGAUGAAGCCAAAUGGAAAAUAAUCGGGUACGAAGAAGUUUAUUCAUUAUUUGAAUUAUUAGAUGAUGAAUUGAAAAAAAAAGUGUUGAGCGUCAUGGGUCAUCAAAUUUUAGAAGUGAUUGUUAUUCAUCAUAUACAUGGUGAAAAGACUAUUAUGCCUUCUAAAGUUAAAGAAGUUAAAAUUAAACUUGGAUGGAUUAUCAUCGGACCACCAGCAAGCUUUGAUUUUAGUAUCCAAUAUCCACUGAUAUUCAAAAGCGGCAAAUAUCAACCUCUUAGAACAAAAGAUAAUCAUAUGAUAAACAACCAUUGCAUGUUUGGCACUUGCGUCCUAGAAGCAACUAAUAAUACUCCCCAGGUAGAAAAUAGUUCAGUUACAGGGAUACCUGCCUACGAUCAAAUAAAAUACGACCCAAGAUGUUCCACAUUUGCCAUCGGCAAUUACCUUACGCGUUGUCAAAAAUCUAUAUGUCAAGAGUCUGCAUGGCUAUUUAUUUAUGACAUUAAAACUAAGAAAAAAGUAACCGUUGAAAAGGUUGUCUUUAUAUAUAUUGUCGAUACAACAAAUUCUUCUUUUGGCGAAGUGGAAUUUAGUUGGGAAAAGGGGCCAACCAAGAAAAUAUUAUGUAGUAGCGAAAAAAUUAAAACCCCUAAUGACAAUUUGAUCUUGGUGAAUCAAAUCUUUGACCAAGAUGAUUGUGAAAAAUUUCAACCUCUCGGAUUUGUUAAUAUCAUUUCCGACCAAAUUUGUUAUGGGUCAUUAAAUUCGGAACAUACAAAAUACCCGAAUAUAGGUAAGAAGGAUGGAUUAAUUUAUGUUUCAAUUUUUGCUAAAAAAUAA